GAAGUUCAGCUCUGUCCGUUAGGUUUAUUGUUGCCUGCUCAGCCAAUCAUUGAAUCUGACGACACAAUAGAGAGGCCAAAGUUGCGGUAUAAAAAGCCUUGCCGAAUUUUAAGCAUGACAUCUCUUUGGCUGGUGCGUGGUGAGGUUUAUUUCCAUUGCAAAAUCAAACCAAAUCAAACCUCGCAAACAUCCACCGUCUUAUACCACGUCUUGGAACAUGCAUUUUACGCAGGUUUUAAUUUCUCUAAGUGUUUUAAUUGCAUAUGGUCCAGUGGGUCAAGGAGACAUAACGGCGGCGAACCAGCAGCCUUCCACAGUUACGGAGGAAAGCGAGCAGUGUUCCACGUGUGAGUUUAGACAACACAGCAAGCUGAUGAGACUGCAUGCCAUCAAGUCCCAAAUUCUAAGCAAACUGCGACUCAAACAGGCUCCGAACAUCAGCCGAGACGUGGUCAAGCAGCUGUUACCCAAAGCGCCGCCUUUGCAACAACUUCUGGAUCAGUAUGAUGUGCUUGGGGAUGACAGCAAGGAUGGGACUAUGGAAGAGGAUGAUGAACAUGCCACCACAGAGACCAUCAUGACCAUGGCCACAGAACCUGACCCCAUCGUUCAAGUAGAUCGGAAACCGAAGUGUUGUUUUUUCCCCUUCAAUCCGAAGAUCCAGGCGAACCGGAUAGUGAGGGCGCAGCUCUGGGUUCAUCUGAGACCGGCGGAGGAGGCGACCACCGUCUUCUUGCAGAUUUCGCGUCUCAUGCCCGUUACGGACGGAGGCAGACACAUACGAAUACGAUCCCUGAAGAUCGAUGUGAAGGCUGGGGUCACGUCUUGGCAGAGUAUAGACGUCAAGCAGGUGCUCACGGUGUGGUUAAGACAACCGGAGACCAACUGGGGCAUAGAAAUUAACGCGUACGAUACGAAAGGAAACGACUUGGCCGUCACCUCAGCGGAGACUGGAGAGGAUGGACUGCUCCCCUUUAUGGAGGUCAAAAUCUCUGAGGGCCCAAAGCGAAUCCGGAGGGACUCUGGACUAGACUGUGAUGAGAAUUCGUCAGAGUCUCGAUGCUGCCGUUACCCUCUCACCGUGGACUUCGAGGACUUUGGCUGGGACUGGAUUAUUGCUCCGAAACGCUACAAGGCGAAUUACUGUUCGGGAGAAUGCGACUACAUGCACCUGCAGAAGUAUCCCCAUACUCAUCUGGUUAACAAGGCCAACCCGAGAGGCACCGCCGGACCCUGCUGCACCCCCACCAAGAUGUCUCCCAUCAACAUGCUUUACUUCAACGGCAAGGAGCAGAUCAUCUAUGGCAAGAUCCCCUCAAUGGUAGUAGACCGUUGUGGCUGCUCGUGAACCAGUGCCCAUACAGGACUCAAACUGUUUCAAAGACCCGGACAUCUGAUCACACCACCCACCAUCCAUUAGCAGUGCUUUCCGCAAGACACUGUGCAAUAGAAGGACACUCACUCGCUUUCUGGGCACUGCUUCAUUUGACUUUGUUUUUUUGUCUUCCUCUAAAUCAGUAUCUCUGCCACAGGAGCCAAAUGUCACAUGGAUGUACUGGAAUGUCAUACUGGUUGGACUUGGGAAUGGACACUAUUGAAAUCUAUGACAUUACCAUUAACAUUUUCACCUUUUCAAAAUACUCUCAUUAAUGCAUAAUGGACAACGUACAAAAAAUUGUAUUACACAAACACGCCAAACUCACACCAUCAUUUAGAUAUUUGCUGUAACAGCUGUUAAACUACCGGUGAGCUUGUUUAAAAAGAGUAUCCAAGAGAAACAGAAAGAGAC